AUGCCUGGCGCCCUCCCCAUUCCCCUCAUCGCGCUGGACCUCGUGGUGAUUGCACAGGCCGUCCUCAUCCUGCGAGCAUUCCCUGGCAAUCUCAGGACCUGGCAGCCUCGCCUGGAGGAUCUGACGCGCACUGCAGGAUCCUCCCGGCGCUUGGCCAAAUUUCGAUGCAUUGUGGGCUUCUACUCCCUAGGCCUCUCCCUCAUCCAGGGUUUCUGGGCGGGGUGGGGCCUCCUGGCCAAAUGGUUUACCAUGUGGACGUGGUGGCUCAUGACGGCCUACUUCCUCGUGGGCGCCUGGCUCAGCUGGAGAGACGUCCGGGGGGAGGCGCCGGACGGGGCGCUCCUGGCGCUCUCCUCGCGCCUGGCAUUCUGGAUGGUGGCUGCCUUUCACAUCCUAGGGACGCGGCCUCCAGCCCCGGCACAGAUGGCUCUGGUGCUGACGGGGAUGACGUGGACGCUGCUGCUGCCGUCGGCCUAUUCACUGCCGGACGCAGCAGCACGUGCAAUAGCCGUGGAGGGAAUCUGCAACUUUGGCAGCUACAACCAGCAUGGCAUGAAUGUGGUGUUCAUGCUCAUUGAGGGCUGGCUGGCAGACAUCCCCGUGAUACCCUCCAUGGCCGGCGUGGUCAGUGGCUGGGCAGCCGCCUACACCACAUUUGCUGUGAUCCGUUACAUGAUCGUCGGAAAGUGA